UUGCCGAAUCAUCGCCCAAUUUCUGGAUCAAACACAAUCGCUCGAAGCUAUCUUCAACCGGUCAAAGAACAUGCAACACUUCGCGAUCGUUUUCACAGUAUUUCAAGAAUGCCUAACAAGUUUGCAACAGUUCGCGCGAUUCCAGUCAAUUAUCUAGGUCAGUCCAUUUUUUUUCCAUUUGACAAUUAUUGAAGACUCUCGGCGGCGCAUUCAAUUAUUUUAUUUCAAUUUAUUUUGGUUUUUUUCACAACAAAUAUAGUUUUGUUUAUAUUUUUAAUAUUUGCUUUUUUGUUGUUUUUGUUGAAUUUUAUUGAGAAAUUGAAUGAUAGGGAAGUUUUUUUCGUCUGUACAUUCUUUUGUUGAAUAUAAUCCUUAAUGUCAAUUUGCUUCCACAUUUUCCUCAAUCACUGACAGAGAGAAACGGUUUUGCUUUGGUCUGUUCGCAAAAGAUUAAACUCAUUGUUUUCUAGAAAACGAGGUGGGAGUACUGUACAUAUUUUUAGAAUAGGGUCACCUCCAAUAAACAUCAGGAUAGAGAUAAUAGUGGAAGAAAAAACCGUUGUUUCCACUUGAGAAUCUUUGUUUUAUGUGUAUGUAUAAACAAAAUUCCGGCGUUUUUUUCUUUGCUUUUUUUGUGUACUGUCGGUUUUCUCGACUUUUUUGUGAAAUCAAACACUUUACUGUUUCUCUCCGACAUAAAAAGUACACACUUUUUUUUGUUCUUAUUCCAUAAUCUUUUUAUGUUUAUGUUCAAUUUUAUUUGAAUUACAAUCGCAUAAAAAUACGGACGCUUUACAUCCGAAUUUUUUACGAUUCACGAUCCAUUCAAAUGACGAUUAUAAUCAAGUUCACACUUUCCUUUUGUUUUUUGUUCAUUCUGUUUUUCUGUAACAACUAGAAAUGAUUCUUAUUAUGAUAUUUUUAUAUUUUUAUAUUAAUAUAUGAAUGAGAGAAUGACCAGUUCCCGCAUCAUUCUUCCUUUUUUUCUAACGUAAACAAAAAUCCAAUUACUUUGUAGAAUGUUUUUUUUCGAAAAUAUGUACAUAUUGAUUUUUUGCCCAAAUUCGAUUAGAACAAAAUGCGAUUAUUCCAGAAAAAAAUCAUUUUAAGAGAAGAAAAACUACAGAGUACAGUACUAUUUUAUUUGACUCCAAUUGAACCUCUCGUUUUUUCUUUCUCUCUAUCUGUUCCUUAAAUUAUUUAGUUUUUGUACAUAGUAGAUCAAAUCAAGUUUUCUUAUCUCUUCUGAAUGACACGUUUGUUCUGAAAUAGAACAGUAAUUUUUUCAUGUUCAAUUUAUUUACGUUAAUUUUACAGUACCUAGAAAGCUGCCAAAAUCAGCGAAAAAAACCAUUAAUUAGCCACAAUUUUGUCAUCAACAUCAAACGCGCCAAUAAACCGGAGCCCAAUUGGGCGACGUGUUUCAACUUCGUCAAUUUUCACCAACGAAUCAGCUAACAAUCCUAAUUAUCGAUCUGUUCAUCCAAUGUUGUUAGCAAAUAAAAAACGAAGCAAUACAACAACAUGUGUCACACCAACAUUAUUUAUAAAUACAAGCAACCUUCAACAUCCGAAAGCUGAAAAACGUGUCUCGUUCAAAGAUUUUAUUCAUCCUCAUCAACAGCAUCCACAAACAACAAAUAAUAGAAACAAUCAUCGAUUUGAGAAGGCGGAGGAAGAUUUUGAAGCCGAAGAAGAGGAAGAAGAAGUGGAUGGGAAAAGUGAUAGUAAUUAUUUUUGUUAUAACAAUUAUUUGAAUUAUAAUCCGAAUAGUUUGCAUGAUAAAAAAUUGCAUCGAUGCGAUACAAAUGAUAUGACUAUGCUUGAAAGGUGAGUCAUUUUUUUCCGAAUUUCCAAGUUUAUUAAUGUUGUCUUCAUGAUAUUAGUAAAACGAUAUAGUAAAACGAUAAAAACAUUAUGUUAGGAAGGAGAUUUUUUAAGUAAAAGUAUUCUAAAUUUUUUGUUGACUUGAAUUAUAUACAUCUAUUCAGAAAAAUUUACUUUCAUAAUCAAUAAGUAUCUGACUCAAGUUUCAGACGAUGAACAAUUUCACGAAAAUUAACAUCAAUUUAUGUAAUUUGUGAAAAUCUGAAUUUUUCAAUUAAUUUCUUUAGCCUAAGUUCAAAACAUUAGCAAACCGUUUCCCAAGCCACACGCAUUGUUAAAUUGCUCCAAUUGAUCUUCGGAACGUUUUUAAAAGGUCAACUAUGUUUUCGCAGAACCCAAUGUUUUUGUGCUCAUUGUCGUUUUUUUUGCUGACGAUCUUGUUCUUUCGGACUAAUUUCUUGAGUGUUUGGCUGCUUUUCUCCUCUUUUGUUUGUCGGAAAAUACUAAAUCAUCAUUAAACAUCAUGUAGUUAAAUUAUUGCAAAAUAUACUCAUUUUCUUCUUUAGUCUGUACUCAGAGAUUCGCUGGCCAGCUCGCCACUAGAUCAGGACCAGGUGGCCGGAAAGUUCAAAACGAGCUGAGUUUGAUUCGGCCACCAGGUCGCCUUGAGUUUUCCGGCGACGUGGCCUGUGUGUUUCAAAUCCUGAAAAGCUAGCAAGACGGUGGUUUGUACUCAAAAUAGUGCAUUUUUUACUGUUUUUUUCACUUCCUAAGGUUUCUAAUACUCCGAAAAAACAGAAAAUGAGCCAAUUUCUUCUAGAAUGCUCGGAUUCACAAGUUUUUUGGACUUUUUUCUCUUAAGCGAGACGAUCUGGACGCGAGGUCGGGUCGAGCUGGACAACCUGGGCGAGGCGGUCUGCAUGAACUGAACCACCUCGCGACCAGGUCGUCUGGCAAAAAAUACGGGCGAUGUGGUUGUCCGUGUCAAUUUCAGAUGGGCAGUCGACCCCACCUAGUGACCAGCUGGCCAGCGAAUCUCUGAGUAUUCUAAUUUCGAAAUUUGAAUUUUCUUUAUCUUCAUUAGUAAUUUUUAAUUAAAUCAAAAGUUUUAUUUACAUAUGAGUUAGUCAGAUUACUUUAUGAGUCAGUUUGCUAUGUUCUCAAGGAUUUUUCUUAUUUUUUGUCAUCUUUUGAACAUUUUUUCUGUUAGUCGUUUUUCUAAUUUUUAUUUAAAAAUUGAGAAAUUUGCUCUUCCACUCACGUUAACUCAAAACUAUUUGCAAAACUACACUUGAAAAAUACAUUUUACACUUUUAAAACUAUACAAAUACCUACAUACCUACCUAUCUAUACCAGAUGUUUAUCUUAUUUCAAAAAAAAAAAACGACACAACAAUACAUUUUCUUGUUAACCUCUUCUCUCUGAAAAAAAGUUCGCCUCAUCGAUUUUCACAUUAUCUAUACAAUUCUGUGUUUUUGUUGUUAUAUAUUAUAUUGUUAGUACCAUUAUUUUCAACCCAUCAUUGAAAUAAAAAUAUGUCAACAUAUUGUUCUAGAUAUUUAACACGAGAAAUGAAAUCGUCACAUUCACCGCGUCAUUUUGGCGCAUCGCGUCGUCUUAUUGAAUCGGAUCAAAGUUCGAAUAUUCGAAAAAGGCUAAGUCGAAGUUGUGAUCAUCUCAACGAACAUCAGUUUUCGCCGCGUCUUCCACCAAUUCGCAGAAGACCCACAAAACAUGUUAAGACUAUGGCCGGAGUUUUGAUAACUCAUGAUACCGGUUAG